UAUAUUCUUCUGGGGCUUACAUCACUGCUUUACCUUCAUCGGUCUUCAGAGACCAAUCCUUUGUCCCUCAGCCCAAGGACCGAUUCCACUUUCUCGUUUUCCGGUCCUCUUCGAAAGUUGCCCCAGCUUUAUCGAGCACCUGCUGCUGCGACUGGUGAGACCGAAUCUAUCGGACUCGAGCCUGGGCUCGAGUCCGAUCAGGUUGAUCUCUCGGCCUGGCUGUCCUGUGCUUGCCUUCAUCUUCCAUCGGCCGAUCGGGUCGUCUCUGACUUUGUCCAAACGCCCAAAGAUCACCAGCAAUACCAGUCGCAACCAUCACAGCCUGCAAGAUUCGGGCGUAUGCCAACUGGUUGGACUAGACUGGGUGGGCUAACCGGCUACUUGUUAUGGCAAGCUACAGAGCAGCCUGCUGGUUGUUUGCCUAUAGAAUUAAUUUCUAGUCUACCCUGGGCUGUAGCGAUGUCCUCGGGCAUCAUCCUCGCUGCUUCUGUCGUUGGUGAGAUGGAUGUGGUCAACUCGCUUGGAUGCUACGUUGACUCACCUGAUCAUUCGAGAGAGGGCAUAACAUCACAAGGACACACUAGUUUUGACAGGUGUGAGAUGAAGAGACAGGAUGAAGAUAAGGUCAAGCUCGAGGUUGGUUAA